AUGGCUGUGUCCAAUUUCACGGAGGUGACUCUUUUUAUCCUCUCUGGAUUUGCAAACCAUCCUGAACUACAAGUCAGUCUUUUUAUGAUUUUUUUGUUUAUUUACCUAUUCACUGUCUUGGGGAACCUUGGACUAAUCAUAUUAAUCAGAAUUGACUCUCACCUUCAUACUCCAAUGUAUUUUUUCCUUAGUAAUUUGGCAUUCAUUGACAUCUUUUACUCCUCCACUGUGACACCCAAGGCUCUGGUCGAUUUCCAGUCCAGCCAGAAGACCAUCUCAUUCAUCGGCUGCUUUGUCCAAAUGUACUUUUUCGUUGGUCUGGUGUGCAGUGAGUGUUUUCUGCUGGGAUCCAUGGCCUAUGACCGCUAUGCAGCCAUCUGCAAUCCCCUACUCUACUCGGUAGCUAUGUCUCAGAAAGUCUGCAAUUGUCUGGGAACCGCACCUUACGUGAUUGGGUUCACAAACUCUCUGAUAUCCAUUUGUGUGAUAAGCAGUUUGCCGUUCUGUGAGUCCAACAUCAAUCAUUUCUUCUGUGACACCACAGCCCUUUUAGCCCUGUCCUGUGAGGAUGCGUUCAGCACAGAAAUGGUCAUCUUUGUUUUAGCUGGGUUCACCCUCCUCAGCUCUCUUCUAAUCAUCACCGUCACCUAUAUUGCCAUCAUCUCAGCCAUCUUGAGGAUCCAGUCUGCAGCAGGCAGGCAGAAAGCUUUCUCCACCUGUGCCUCGCACCUCAUGGGUGUAACCGUCUUCUACGGAUCCUUGAUCUUCACGUAUUUACAGCCUGACAAUACGUCCUCCCUGACCCAGGCACAGGUGGCAUCUGUAUUCUAUACCAUUGUCAUCCCAAUGCUGAACCCACUGAUCUACAGUCUGAGGAACAAAGACGUGAAGAACGCUCUCAUAAGAGUCAUGCAUAAAAAAAUAUUCUCAUAG